ACAGUGCUCACACAAAGGCUGCUUGCACAAUUUGCAGUGACAAGCAGUGUCACUUUGCAUUCAUAGUCACCUGGCAGGAAAACUACAGGAACCUCAGGCAGGAUCUUUAAUACACAUUCUUCUGUUACCUUUAAUGAAGCAGGCAACAGUUAGUUUAUCACAGUUCCUGUCAGAGUGAUCUGUGUGGAGCAUUAGUUGUGUUUAGUGAACCUCCUGGGGUGUUGCAUCUUCCUCUCAUCAUCAUCGACAUUCACACCAUGAUUUUAAGCAUCGCUCUGAUCUGGGCAGUAGUGGUAGGAUUCUGCUGCCUGCUGUGGCUUGCUGUGGGGAUACGGCGCAGGCAACCUGGUGAGCCUGCACUAGAGAAUGGCUUCAUCCCCUACCUGGGUUGUGCUCUGCAGUUCGGGACAAACCCUCUUCAGUUCCUCCGCAGCCGCCAGAAGAAGUACGGCCAUAUUUUCACCUGCAAGAUCGCAGGCCAGUACAUUCACUUCCUGUGUGACCCCUUCUCUUACCAUUCAGUCAUCAGACAGGGGAGACACCUGGACUGGAGGAAGUUCCACUUUGCUACGUCUGUCAAGGCAUUCGGCCAUGACAGCUUCGACCCUCGCCAUGGCCACACCACAGAGAACCUUCACCAAACCUUUCUGAAGACCCUGCAGGGUGAGGCUCUGCCCUCCCUGAUAGAGACCAUGAUGGGCCAUCUCCAGGACAUCAUGCUGAGGUCAGAUACACUCAGCCCCAGCAAGGACCACUGGGAGGUGGAUGGCAUCUUUGCUUUCUGCUACAAGGUGAUGUUUGAGUCUGGCUACCUUACUCUGUUUGGUAAAGAUCUUGGUGAAGACAAGCGUCAGGCUCAGCAGGCGGCUCAGAAAGCCUUGGUGCUAAACGCUUUGGAGAACUUCAAAGAGUUUGACAAGAUCUUCCCAGCACUGGUGGCUGGCUUGCCCAUCCAUGUCUUCAAAAGUGCCUACAGUGCUAGAGAGAACCUUGCAAAGACCAUGCACGCUGAAAAGUUGUCCAAGAGGGAGAAUGUGUCUGAUCUGAUCUCUAUGAGGAUGAUCCUGAAUGAUUCCUUAUCUACCUUCAAUGACGUGAGCAAGGCCAGGACCCAUGUGGCUUUGCUCUGGGCUUCACAGGCUAAUACCCUGCCUGCUACCUUCUGGAGUCUCUUUUAUAUGAUCAGGAGUCCAGAUGCUAUGAAAGCAGCUGGUGAGGAAGUGCAGAAAAUUCUGGAGGAUUCAGGUCAGACGAUUGACCCUAACGACCCCAAACUGAACCUGACCAGGGACCAGCUGGACAAAAUGCCUGUUCUAGACAGUAUCAUAAAUGAAGCCAUGCGUCUUUCCAGUGCUUCCAUGAAUGUGCGUGUUGCCAAGGAGGACUUCCUGCUUCACCUUGACAACCAAGAAGCUUACCGUAUUAGGAAAGAUGAUGUCAUUGCCCUAUAUCCACCCAUGCUGCACUACGAUCCAGAAAUCUAUGAGGAUCCCUAUGAGUACAAGUUUGACCGUUUCCUUGAUGAGAACGGUCAGGAGAAGCCCACCUUCUACCGAAAAGGCCGACGGCUGCGUUACUUCAACAUGCCCUUUGGUUCUGGGGUGACCAAAUGCCCCGGCAGAUUUUUUGCUGUGUAUGAGAUCAAGCAGUUCCUUAGCCUGGUGCUGUCCUACUUUGACAUGGAACUACUGGACCCUGCAAUCAAAGUCCCGCCUCUUGACCAAUCCCGUGCUGGUCUGGGAAUCCUCCAGCCUACCUAUGAUGUGAACUUCAAGUACAAGCUGAAAUCAAACCACUAGGCUCUUUGUCAGGCAGAGAGAUUUAACUAUAUAUUGUACAUAGUGUAUAUUUAACAGCAUCAGUGAAAAUGCCUUCCUGUAUAUGUAAAUAUAAUGAAUUGUAUAUUUUUGUUGCUUUAAUUUGCUGCUGAAGAGCAUGUAAUGUAUACAUAUGGCUGGAGCCCUUACAAACUGUUAAAACCUUGGUAGUGUUGUCUUGGUUGGACCAGGACCAGCAGCAUCUUUAAUUCCUGUGCAAAGACAGAUCUAGAGCCACAUACAUUUAUAAAACAAGUGUGUUCUUGCAUGUUUGGCCCAUUUGUACAAAAUCUUGUUUUUCAAAUCAAGUUUUUGUACCUUGCAGAUCGCUAAUGGUUUCAAUAGAUUUCACUAUGUCAGUCUAGACUCCUUAAAUCAAUCUACAAUUACCAUGACAUAACACAACAAAAUAACUUUUUAAAGAAAAAAACAAACAGUCUUUGCUGUGAUAGAUCCAGUCAGUUACACUGCAGACUAGGAUGCACAAUAUUGGAUUUUUUUUCACUACCUAUUUUAAGUGAUCAUCAAGUCUCUUGUCAAGUGGAAUUAAUGUUAUACUAUACAUGCAUACUCUUAUCAUGAUGGUCCACCAGCAGAUGGAGACAUGAAAUAGAAUGCAUUUCAAUGUAUGUAAUAUUCAGUCAUUGUGCAAAAUAAGACAAAGCAUGUUGGCCGAUUCUGAUAUUUCAUUUUGUAGCGGAUAUCGGAGGAUACCAAUGACGUGCCGAUAUUGUUGUGCAUCCCUAAUGCAGACUUUUUGAUUCUGUAGCCUAGCCUAGUCAGUUACAUAAAAACAACAACAACAAAACAAAAAACUCUACUUUGCAUUAUUUGGAUAUUCUUCUCAUGUUUUAUUAACUCAGUUAGGAUACCUGUUAAUAUUUCCUUUUGUUUUGUUUUUUUUGCAAUUUGUGGUAAAUGGGCUAAACAUGCAAAAACACUGGUAUGUUCCUUUAAGCUCUGGAGCCAGUGGAAGUUCACAUUUCUGCAGUUUGAGAAAAACUGCCACUCUAAUGUGUGUUAGCAUUGACUAUCACAGCCAACACUCAGCAGUGAAACACAUACUUUUACUAUCUAUGUAUUUAUUAUAUGGCAUGUAGAAAAAUAUGUGUGAACAUAUGAAGUCAUCCAUUCUGCUCUAUCACCACAUGUUUGGUACUUUGUCAUUUCACAGCAGAUAAUUUAUUCUGUGAGUUCAAAUUACGCAGUGCAGCAUGACCAAACUCUUUUUUAAAAUCAAGGAAUACAUCGCUGUAAUCAGUAGGCCUAUCAUUUACUGACUUCACCUUGAAGUAUGAGAUAGAUCUUCCAUUAACCUUGGAGUUUGCUCUCUGGCUUUCUCACGCUGUAACGCUGCUGUCCCCACAGAUGUGUCAGAUUGUUGGCACAUGCUGAGCUUAUAUGUGUCAUCAGGCCUCUCAGAGUUAUUAAUGCAAGGUAUGCUGUUUAACAAGAUAAGUUGUAGUUUGUGUAAAUACAAUUCUACACUUAAGGUGCACCCUUAGAAAUGAAGAAAUGCUCAAUGCAAAAGUCUGUGUGACAUUUAUGCUGCGUAGCUGGCUAAACAGUUUCUUUAAGGAAGGUGUUUGUGAGUGCUGACUCAACACGCCCCAUUUUCAAACAGCACUCCUGACUUUUUCAUACUGAGAAUUGCAUAAUCAUGACACAUAAUAGUAAAAACAAACCACAUCCGUACUGACCAUAUUUGCAUUUGUAAGGUUCAGUCACUGUAUCGAGAAGGAAUGUUCUUCAGUUAAUGACAGAACUGUUCUCACAUGAAAACCAAACAACCACACCGACAUUCAGCAUUUACCUUCCAAAUUACACAUUAACAUGCUCUGUGAGCAGAAUAAAUGUGAUGAACCUGGAGCAAGGUCAUAACAAUGUGCACAGCUGUUUUACCUGAAGAAACGUGCUACAUGCAUGUGUCAACAAGUACAUGCUGUACUAACUGAUAAUAAAUCAAUAUAUCUGGA